AUGUUUGUUGUAGCUACCUCCCUUCGCACCGCUCUACGGAAGUCUCCACAUUGCAAGCUUGUCCUGUCACCUCUGUCGCAGUUUUGUGCUCCUCACUUUACUUUCAUGUCUACCUCUCUGGCUCCCAAUGUUAAACGACCUUUCGACGAGUCUUCCACCAGUGUGCGGAUCAACGACAAAGAGGAUGGCGAAGAAUUUGUUUGUGACGAAGAGCCACACAUGCUGUCACCUGAGCAAGGCUUUGGGUACUACCCUAUUGCCUUAGGACAGAAGCUGGGGGAGGGCAAGCUUGAGAUUGUGAGGAAACUCGGAUGGGCCGGUUAUUCCAGCGUCUGGCUCGCGCGCACACUCGGUCAUGUUAGAAAUGCAUACCCUGCGAAUUACGUCGCUGUCAAGGUUCUUACCGUCAACGCCACGGUCGGCGUGCUGGAUGGACUGCUGGUCGAGGCGAACUCUCUUAGAACCAUCAAAUCGGCCAAUCCUAAUCACCCGGGCUACAGACACUGCCUUCAUCUAUACGAUGCGACCUACGAUACAAGCUACCAUGGUCCUCACAUUUGUCUCGUCACCAACGUUCUUGGGGCAAACGUCAACAGCCUCCGAAGGUCGCAGCCCAACGGUCAGGGUGUCAUCCGUGUUGCUGUCACUAAACGCAUCAUCAAACAAACACUUCUCGCUUUGGACUACCUUCACAGCCAGUGCAACCUCGUGCACACAGAUCUGAAACCCGAUAACACUCUCAUUUAUAUUGACCACGAAGAUGCGGCUGUAACUCGUUUCCUCGAAGAAACGCCCUCCGCCACAUAUGAGCCUCGUAUUGAGCCCGAUUUAUCUCCUAGUCCUAUUAUCACGGUCAAAUCGCAGCCCCUCCCUAAUUUUGGUCUUCGAGAAGAUGCAAGCAACCUCAAUAUUUGUUUGAUCGAUUACGGUCACGCAACACCCGCCCAGGAACACAUACUAAAGCAGGUUCAACCUACUCUCCUCCGCGCACCAGAAGUUAUCCUUGGCCAUCCGUGGUCUACGCCCGUCGAUAUAUGGUCAUUGGGGUGCCUGGUAUUCGAGUACCUAACUGGUGUAGUUCUUUUUAAACUAUGGGAUUCCUCCUUCAUGAGUUUGGAGGAUGUUCACCUCCAGCGGAUCCUUGAACAUAUUGGUCCUUUUCCCUCUAGCUUUUUACAGGCUUGCCAACGUCGGCCAGAUUUCUUUGACGAACAAGGAUCGCUGCUUCGCGUGCAUAAUCUGUUCCCUCAAGCAAUAGAAAUAUGUCUCCGUGCAUAUAAGGUCAUGGAUGAGAAGGAAAUUGCGCCUGCUGCUAUCUUCAUUCGAAAGUGUUUGACCAUCGAUCCUCGCAUACGACCUACAGCCUCGGAGCUCUUGGAUGACAAGUGGCUCAAGGAUGUGGGAGAGGCUAGCACUAGAACACUGUAG